AUGGGUAGCCUAGGAGAGACGGUCUCUAGGCCCAAGAAGUACAACACCGAGCUCACCGACUACUCGGCAGUCCACGCCGACAAGACUGGGCCAUAUGCCGAAAACCUCGAGGUCGAUGCUUUGAUCGUGGGUGCCGGUUUUGCCGGUGUCUUCAUGCUCAAGACCCUGCGCGAUCGCGGCCUGAAGACGGUCAUUUUCGAGGCCGGCAACGAUACGGGUGGCACCUGGCGAUGGAACUGCUACCCCGGCGCCGGUGUCGACUCCGAAGUCCCCGAGUAUGAGUUCUCUUGGCCCGAGGUGUACAAGACAUGGAACUGGCCAAACAACUACCCCGACUACAAAAACCUGCGUGCUUACUUCGAUCACGUCGACAAGGUAAUUGGUAUCAAGAAGGACUGCGCUUUCAACACCGUCGUGAUUGGAGCGCAGUUCGAUACCGGGGAGGGGAAAUGGAAUAUUAAGACUGCAGAUGGUCGCACGACCAAGGCCAAGUACCUCGUCCUCGGAACCGGCUUUGCCGCCAAGCGUUAUAUUCCCCCAUGGCCCGGCAUGGACAAGUUCAAGGGCAUCGUGCACCACUCGUCUUUCUGGCCCGAGGAAGAAGUCGACGUGAAAAACAAGCGCUGUGCCGUCAUCGGCACCGGCGCCUCGGGUGUGCAAAUCACGCAGGCCUGGGGCCCCGUGGCCGGCGACCUCAAGGUCUUCCAGCGAACUCCUAACCUCGCCGUGCCCAUGCGCAAGCGCGACCUCACCGUCGAGGAGCAGGAGCGCAUCAAGCCCUACUACCCGGAGCUGUUCCGGUACCGCGAGACCACCUUUGCCGGCUUCAUGUACGACUGGUGCGAGCGCAACACCUUCGACGACACCCCCGAGGAGCGCGAGGCCUUAUACGAGCGCGUCUGGCAGGACGGCGGCUUCCGCUUUUGGGUUUCCUUGUACAAGGAUAACUUGGUCAACCCUGAGGCCAACAAAGAGUCGUACGAUUUCUGGGCCAAGAAGACCCGCGCUCGUAUUGGCGACCCCAAGCUGAGGGAGCUGCUUGCGCCGCGGGAGAUGCCGCACUACUUUGGUAUCAAGCGGCCGUGCCUGGAGCAGACGUAUUUCGAGCAGUUCAACCGGGAAUCGGUGCACCUGGUUGACAUCAAGAACAACCCGAUCAAGGAGUUUACCGAGACCGGUAUCACCCUCGAGGACGGGACUCACCAUGAGCUUGAUGUCGUUGCUGUCGCAACUGGAUUUGAUGUUGUCACCGGCGUCAUGACCCAGCUCGGCCUGAGGAGCAUCGACGGCGCCGAGCUCGAGACGGAAUGGAUCCCAGGCGCAAAGACCUACCUCGGCACCACCGUCAGUGGCUACCCCAACAUGUUCCACAUCUAUGGCCCGCACGGCCCGACGCUCCUGAGCAAUGGCCCCACGUCAGUCGCGGUGCAGGGCCGGUGGAUCGCCGACGCUAUUGCCAAGAUCGAGGCCAAUGGCAUCAAGUACAUCAAUCCCAAGAUCGAGGCCGCUAAUAAGUGGAAGAAGCAUGUUGUCGAGCUCAACGACCGGACUCUCUUUCCCACGACGAGGUCGACCUACAUGGGUGGCAGCAUCCCUGGCAAGGUUUAUGAACCAGUGUGCUACGCUGGUGGUAUCCCCACUUAUGCCAUGGAAAUUCGGAGGGCCCUGGAUAAUUGGGAGGAGGGAUUCGACGUCGUCAAGGCCUGA